AUGCUCUACUUUACGGACUAGCAUUUGCUUGAGGGAAUCGUCUUCAUCUUCCUCAGAUGUCAUGGGACUUUUUUUUAUCUGCAUUUGUUCCUCUGUAGAAGUUGUGGUGAUAGAGGAUUGAGUUUGAAGUAAAGGUGUUAAGUUAUUUAUAUGAACAGAGUCAUUGUUAAUUAAAAGGUUUGUACCAUUAGAAGAAUUUCCAAAUUGAUUCAAGAUAUUAAACGAUUUGAGGUAGGUUUGCUAGAAAUCUUCAACGGAUUAUUAUUGCUAUUAGUUAAAUAAAUUCUAAUUAGAGUCAACCAUCAUAGCCUUGAAGAUUUCUUCUGUGAUAUUUGA